AAAAAAAGUUCGAGGCAAAAUAGUCGAAACCGACGAACUUCAAUCAACGUUUCCAACAGUAUCGUCGCUUCGCCUGUCGCCCAAAAUGAAGACUACUUGGAAGGAUAUCCCACCGGUCCCUACGUCGCAGGAGUUCCUCGACAUUGUUCUAUCGAGAACUCAGCGACGAUUACCGACACAGAUCAGAUCAGGAUUCAAGAUCAGUCGUAUUCGAGGAUUCUACACUCGAAAGGUCAAGUUCACUCAAGAGACUUUCUCCGAAAAGUUCGCUCUAAUCCUCGAGAGCUUCCCGCGACUACAAGAUAUUCAUCCGUUUCACAAGGAUCUUCUUAACACACUUUACGAUGCCGACCAUUUCCGUAUCGCGCUUGGCCAUCUUUCCACAGCAAAGCAUCUCAUUGAAACCAUAUCUAGAGAUUAUGUGCGCCUGAUCAAAUAUGCCCAGAGUUUGUUCCAAUGCAAGCAGCUCAAGAAAGCCGCCCUCGGUCGUAUGGCUACUAUCACCAAGCGAUUGAAGGAUCCUCUAGUAUAUCUCGACCAAGUUCGCCAACAUCUUGGUCGUCUUCCCUCCAUUGAUCCCACCACACGAACUUUGUUGAUCUGCGGAUACCCCAAUGUUGGAAAAUCAAGUUUCUUACGAAGCAUCACCCGAGCCGACGUCGAUGUCCAGCCGUAUGCCUUCACCACCAAGAGUCUAUUCGUUGGUCACUUUGACUACAAAUAUCUCCGCUUCCAGGCCAUUGAUACUCCUGGUAUCUUAGAUCAUCCUCUAGAAGAGAUGAACACGAUCGAAAUGCAGUCUAUCACAGCCAUCGCUCAUUUGAGAUCCGCUAUUCUAUACUUCAUGGACCUUUCAGAACAGUGCGGCUACUCAGUCGCGGCACAGAUGCAACUUUUCAAGAGCAUCAGACCCUUAUUCUCGAAUAAGUUGGUUUUCAUCGUCAUUAAUAAGAUCGAUAUCUUAAGACCCGAGGAGCUGGACGAGAAGACAGGUGGUGAACUUCAAUCGUUACUCUCUUCCGGCGAUGUAGAACUACUUCAACUAUCUUGUAACACACAAGAAGGCGUGCAAGAAGUCAAGAACGCUGCUUGCGAGCGUCUCCUAGCCGAUAGAGUUGCCCAGAAGUUGAAGGCAGGCACAUCAAGCAGCGGUACUGUCGGUGGCAGAUUGGCAGACGUUAUGACCAGAAUCCACGUCGCUCAACCUAUGGGUGGCGUUAAGCAGGAAACCUUCAUCCCCGAUGCUGUAAAGGACAUGAAGAAAUAUGACAAGGAUGACCCCGAACGCCGCAGGUUGGCUCGUGACGUUGAGGCCGAGAAUGGUGGUGCUGGUGUAUACAACGUUGAUUUGAAGGCCGACUACAUUCUCGAGAACCCCGAGUGGAAACACGAUAGGAUACCCGAGAUCUUCGAUGGCAAGAAUGUCUACGACUACAUUGAUCCCGAUAUCGAGGCUAAGCUACAAGCGCUCGAGGAAGAGGAAGAGCGCCUUGACGCUGAGGGAUACUACGACUCGGAUGAAGAGAUCGACGAUGCGGAAGAAGCAGAUAUCAGAGUGAAGGCAGAAAUAAUCCGUGAGAAGCAAGCGCUGAUCCGCAACGAGUCGAGAAUGAAGAGAAUCAAGAACCGCGCAGUCCUACCUCGCAAGGCCCUCAGGAGACCAUUAUCUCAACUUGAGGACGCGAUUGAUAAGAUGGGUGUUGAUACCGAGGACCUACAGCUCAGAGGAAGACAACAGACGGUCACUCGUGGCCGUUCGAUGACAAGAAGCCGCCUUGGCACCGAGGACUCAAACGCCAUGGACAUCGACUCCACCCCGAGAGAGAGACUACGGUCUAAGAGCCGAGCUAGAAGCCAGCCCGCGACGAACAGACGCGAGGAUGGUGUAACAGAUGAGUUGACGAGGACAAAGGCCGAGAAACAGGCUAAGUUAGGCCAGAGGAAGAUGAACCGCAUGGCCCGACAGGGUGAGGCUGAUCGACACAUCGGCGCUUCGAAGCCGAAGCAUUUGUUCUCUGGUAAACGAACCAUGGGCAAGACGUCUAGUCGUUAAGAUGUGCACACUUGCUUUCUUGCUGCUGUAUAUGACGCAUUCGACGAUGAAUGGGAUAUCCGGUUUAUGAUUUUCGGGUUUCUGGCGUUCAGGCGGGAGGUACGAGAAUUAGUUCAAUGCUAGAUGCUAGAGAGCUUAUGCUAUGCAACUAGUUCAGAUACGGGGAUACAUAAAUCUAUUAAGAAUCAAUC